AUGACUGAAAGUGGACAAUCAAACACAUUCUUGUUCGUCAACAAAUCGGGGGAGGACGCAAGCCUGUCUAACAGCAAGGAAGACAGAUCUUCUGCCAUUGGGAGACACGUGCAACGAUGGAGGAGACUCAACCGUCUGCAGAGAUCGCAACAAGAAGGGCUGAACGAUUUUUCCAACCCGCGCCCCAUCGGGACUAUGAUCAGUUUCGACAGUGUCUUGCCUCAGACAACGCAUCAAAUCAGCAGAGAAGGAAGUCCAGCCAGGGCUGAUGCCCACCAAAAUGUCGCGUCAGAGCCUCGACGCUCCAGUUCGACACCUGUACAAGUCCCCCGGGCCAACUUUCGGCCUGGCGAUGCUGUCGAUCCAUUCAACGCAACUUCCGUCAGGUUGAACGCAGAGAUACAGGCCAUCUUACAAUAUUUCAUCUCAUUCUCGAUACCACGGGCCACGGAGAGGACUGGAACGGACGAGUCCUAUAGGAGACACCUAGAGCGCGUCCCAGCUAUCAAGAAGGUGGUCCAAGGCUGUCUCUCUAACAAAAUGCAUAUGCUCUCACUUCUGACCGCAACCGCUGCUCGCAUGGAACAGGUUUCCAAGAAGAGUAUCAGUAACCGUCAUACUGCGCGGAACCUAAUGUCGAGGGCCAUACCUCACAUUCGUCGCUACCUGCAACGAAUCCCCGCCUUGGUCGUGGACAAGCAAUUCAUCCUCGACAUCUUCUAUCUCGGCGUGUGUGAAUGGUACCUCGAGGAUUAUGAUUCUGCUCUUACGCAUCUACGCGCAGCAGGGAAUUUCAUCAACUCGCUAGAUCCAAGGCUGCCGUUCGACGCCUUCGUCAAAGAAACCAUCGUGUACAACGAUAUUUUUCUGGCCGCGGAGACGGGGCGAAAACCACUGUUGGUACGCGACUGGGAUGCAUCUGGGUUGGGUUUACAAAGACACAAGCAGAUUUCUCGGUCAUUGAGUGCCAACGGCCCCCAAUGCCGCUUAGGACGUGGAUUCCUAGACCCCAGACAGAACGAUAUCUUCACGUUCGAGAUGAACCUAGUCCUCUGCAAUCUGAUACCGUGGAUCGAUGUUGGCCGACAUGCUCUGCAAACCCGGACCUUGACUCUGGAAGAUUCAGAGUGGGUCUGUAGCAAGGGGCAAGCAAUGUUGCAUGAUUUACUCUCAAUCACCAUUGCCGAUGUUGACCGUGAGAAGCCGACCCCGUCUUGGAGGGCGUGGGAGGAAUGCGUUAGACUCUCUCUCAUUACUGUCAUCAGCUUGGUCUCCACCCAGAUGAGCUGGCGGUCUGGUCGAAUCAACGCAUUGAGAGUGCGCAAGAUGCUGGAGAGCCAUGGUGGUUCCUGGGGCAGCCGCGCCCAUAACCAAGUUAAGCUGUGGGUUCUUGUCACAUGCAUGCUCGUCGCCUCUGAGGAUUGUGAACUGGAGGAUUGGUUCCUUAAUGCCGCAGUGGACGCAGCGAAGGAUUCUGGUCUGACAACCUACAACGAGCUCCACCAGGCCAUGUCUGCUUACCUGUACUCGGCCCGGUUCCAGCGCGACAUUCUCGCGAAUAUCGCCCGAAGACAGAACCGCGGCGGUGAGGCGUCGUCCCGCGAUCCGGAAGAAUCUGCCGAAGCGAUGGCGACGGACACCAAGAAGGUCAAUAGUGACAACGAUGAUAACACUCGGGGACUUCGCAAGCAGACCCUCGGGACGUUCGGCUUCAACCUCUCUUCCGAGACCGGGAGGAUGCUUUGGUGA